CGUUAAAUACCACAGGCUACUUCGUUGUCUUCAUAGGGGGAUUGAUAUUGUGAUACAGAAAACUUGCAACACAGCCAAAAUGGUCGAUCAGUUUAUAGGAACGUGGAAAAUGGUUGCUAGUGAAAAUUUCGAUAAUUAUAUGAAAGCUUUGGGUGUCAGUUUUGUUAACAGGCAGGCGGGUAACCUGGCAAAACCCUAUCUGAUCUUCAGUGUAGAAGGCGACACUGUUUGUAUGAAAUCACAAAGCACUUUUAAGACCUCGGAGGUCAAAUUCAAAUUGGGUGAGGAGUUCGAAGAAACUACAGCCGACGACAGAAAAACAAAGACUAAAAUCACCUUGGAAAAUGGCAAAAUGAUGCAGAAUCAAUCGUGGGAUGGCAAACAGACAACAUUAGAAAGGGAACUGAAAGAUGGAAAAUUAGUAGCGAGAUGCAUCAUGGGCAAUGUUGUUGCCACAAGGACCUAUGAGAAAGAAGCAUAAUGAUUUAGUCUUCUGAGAGGGCUGGAUUUUGAAGACACCAGGCUCAGUUGAACGAGCAAAAGGCCAAAAUACUGCUUGUUUCCUCCUUGUUUUUGUAACACCAAAACAAAUCAAAUUGACAGCAUACUGUUUUUUUGUUUGUUUGUUUGUUUUUUUGAGAAAUUAUUAAUUCAGUAUUGCCUGCUGUGCUUAAAUAAAACUCUAAAAAAAACAGUUGACUGCAUUUAUA